AUGCCACCUCUCCCGUCUCAUCGCCGCCAAGAUUCAAACACAACAUACUCUCGCGCCUCUAUGCUUCCAGGAAGCGCCUACAACAACACGGCAACCCACACUUUCAAUCCACCCGCAACCCCCUCUUACCAGGCCUCAACGCCGUCCAUGUCCGCUGCCAAAACACGCCAAUAUGCUCACCUCCACGCCCAACUCGCUCAACUCAAUGCCAAUCUCGCAGACACAGAGAAUUUACUCCGCAUGACAGCUGUACAGGCCGGCGACAUGCGCUUCCUAGGUGGGUAUGUUGGAGCGCUAUUCAUGGGCUCAGCCAAAAUCCUAGGCGAAGACGGUGUAAAAGGCUGCGCGGAUAAAAAGGAGCCUGAAAACGAGGAAAAAGAAAUCAAAGAAGAGAGCGAGGAAGAUUAA